AUGGUGGCUACUGCGGCCUCAUCUAUUGCGCCUGGCCCUUCGGCUUCUCUCUUUAUUACUUCUAAGGACGAAUGUGUUGCUAGAACCCAGGCUAUGUUUAUGUAUUGGCGUCAGCGAUGUAAGAUUAAAUGGGAUGCGUUUGGUGAUACUCAUUCUCGACUCCUUUUUGCUUCGGUUCAGGCUAGAAAAAGGAAAUUUUUUAUUCAUAGCCUGCAAAAUAAUGAGGGCACGACUGUACGGGAUGGCCCUCAGCUUCACCAGCUUAUUUCAGAUUUCUAUUUAGAUUUGUUUGAGAAUGUUCCUCCUUUGGAGUAUGAUUGGGGUUCACUUCACCUUCCUUCUUUGUCUGUUGAGGACAAGGGUCUUCUCAUGAGUCCUUUUUCUGGAAAUGACAUCCGUCAUGCUAUGUUCCAUAUUUCGGAUAAUAAAUCUCCAGGCCCUGAUGGGUUUUCAGCUGCUUUUUUUAAGCUUCACUGGAAUGUUGUUGGAGACCAUGUUAUCCAGGCUGUUCAAUUUUUCUUCGCUCACGGCUUCAUGCUUAAAAAUUGGAAUCGUACUUUCUUGAUUCUUCUUCCUAAGGUACUGCAUCCGGAGUCUGUGUCUCAGUUUCGACCGAUUGGGCUUUGCAAUGUCAUUUAUAAGUGUAUUGCGAAAUGUCUCACCCAUAGGAUGCGUUUGGUCUUGCCGUCUCUGAUCAGUGAUACUCAUAAUGCUUUUGUCCCGGGUCGCUUAAUGUCGGAUGAAUGCCUUGUGGCCCAUGAACUCAUGUCUUACAUUAAUCGAGUUAAAGCAAAGAAUAAAUUUUGUGCCGUUGUAAAGUUGGAUAUGAAUAAGGCCUAUGACAGAGUUCGUUGGGAUUUUCUUUUUCAGGCCCUGCAUGAGUUUGGGUUUCCUCCUUAUUGGGUUAACAUCAUUCGUCAAUGUGUUACAUCAGUUUCUUAUCAGGUGUUGGUUAAUGGUGAGCCUUCUCGCUCCUUCAAUCCCAAGUGUGGUUUGCGUCAAGGGAAUCCGUUAUCUCCAUACCUGUUUGUUCUAUGUAUGGAAGUUUUGUCGGCACUUUUGCGUCGUGCGGAGCAGGAGCACCUUAUUCAAGGCAUCUCAGUUUGUAGGGGAGCUUCUUCGAUUUCGCACCUGUUCUUUGCUGACGAUUCACUGCUGUUCUUCCGGGUUUCGCCUAGGGAGUGCGAUCAGGUGAUCUCUAUUCUUGAAGAGUUCAGCGGUUUAUCAGGUCAGGUGAUUAAUUAUAAAAAGUCUUUUGUCAAAUUUAGUCCUAAUACUCCUCAGGAUUAUCGCGAUUACUUGGCGGCCUCUCUUCGCCUUGGCCAACGAUCUUCGCUGGGUCCCUACUUGGGAGUACCGGUUGACAUUGGUCGCUCGAAGUGUUCGGGUUUUUUUGACCUGGUGGAUAUCAUAGCUCGUAAGCUGGCUAAUUUUUCGUCCCUUCACCUGUCCGCGGCGGCAAAGUUGGUAGUUAUCAAUUCAGUGUUGGUAGCUUCGAUUACUCAUGUGCUUUCAGUGUUCUUGAUCCCGAAAUCAAUUUGUGACCGCAUUGACAGUUUAUGUCUUCGGUUUUGGUGGCGCUCUUCAGCUGCUUCGAAGGGUAUGGCUAUGGUGUCGUCUUCACUUCUUCACUUUCCUAAGGGUAUGGGAGGAUUGGGAGUUAGGAAGAUUAGCACUUUCAAUCAGGCUUUGCUAGCAAAAACUGCCUGGCGCAUUGUUCACCACCCUCAGUUGUUGGUCUCUCGUUUGUAUCAAACUCGGUAUCCUGCUCUUGCUAUUCAUCCUCCUUCGACUAGGGUGUCAUGUCCAUCUUGGGGUUUUAGGAGUCUAUCUCGGGGUUUCCAAGUGCUUGACCAAGGUAUUGCUUGGAAGCCUGGUGCGGGCACUCGGAUUCGUAUUCUUCAGGAUACGUGGGUCUCUAUGGAUCGUAUUUCGUUUAGAUCAUCGGUGAAUGGGUUGGAUUGUCCUACCCAUGUUUCUUCUUUACUUGAUUCGCGUUCUUACGCGUGGAAUAUUGGUAUGGUUCGUCGUCUUUUCCCGGAUAAGAUUUCAUCUCAGAUUCUGGCUCUGGAGCGUCCAACCUCGGAAACGGAUGAUUUCUUAUAUUGGAAAUUUGCUCUGGACGGGAAAUUCACGGUUCGUUCGGCUUAUGCGAUGCUUUUGCGUUCUUCUCAUCAUGCUGCUGGGGUGACUUCUCUUCCCUCUUCUUCCUGGUGGAAGCAUUUCUGGGGCUUGGAUAUCAUUCCUCGGUUUAAGCUUUUCUUUUGGAAACUGCUUCACCAGGCUUUGCCGCUGGCAACCUUCCUGUGCCAAAGAGGUUUGCCGGUUGACCCUCUCUGUUCAUUAUGCAAUCAGGACCCUGAAAGUGAUUUACAACUAUUCCGGAAUUGUCCUUUGCUUUUGAAUCUUUGGUCAUCUGGUCCUCUUCGUAUGUUUUGUCCUUCGGUUGCUUUGGAUAGGUUUAUUCCCUGGUGUGUUCAGUUUGCUAAUAACCUGUCAUCUGGACCGUUGGGUCUAUUGGAUUGCUUCAUUUCGAUGCUUUGGGCAAUCUGGGUUUUGCGUAAUCACGCUCGAUUUCGCAAUGUCCCCUGGGACCCGGGAGCAUUUCAUGUUAUGGUUGAGGGUUGGAGAGGUCGCUGCGUUGAGGUUCGUUUGCUUCGCCGUAGUUCUAAGGAGUCUCCGUUGUUUCAAGGGAGCUCUUCCCGGGUGGCUGCUAUUUCCGGGUUGUCAAAUCUGUACGCAGGGCCUACUGGCAUUACUGUGGACAUUUGUCUUCUGUCGGAUGGGGCUUGGGUUUCUAGUAAUAAUAAUGCAGGGAUUGGCUGGAUUCUGCAGGACCCGAUUUCGUUGAUUCAACAAGGGGGCGGAGCUCAAGCUUGUGUUUUGGCUUCCGCUCUUCAGGCAGAACUGACCGCUUGUUUACGAGGCGUUGAAAUGGCAGUUAGGAGGGGUUAUUCACGUCUUUUAAUUUAUUCGGACUCCUCGAUCUUAGUAGGUUUGCUGAACGGAUCUUCUCCAGGUCCAGUCUCGGUUAUCUGGUUGGUUUGCCAGUUGCGGGACAUUCUUCAUUCCCUAACCUGGUUUUCAGUUCGUAAGGGAAUUGCUAAAAAACCAAAGGCACCUAUGGUUGAAGUUCAGAAGAAGACAACAACUCAUGGAGGUGGACUACAUCGCAAGAAAAGCCAAGAACCAGUUGAGUCUGUUGGAUCAGUGCAUUAG